AUGGUCUGUAACCUUCCAAUAUCCGAAGAGUCGUUAACGAUGAUCAAACAAGCUACAGAGGUAGAUAACGACCUAGAAAAGCUGAAAACGGUUAUCAGAUAAGGAUGGCCGGAGACGAAUGAUCAAGUACCACCAAGUUUGGCAGAGCACUUCAAUAUCCGUGAUGAAUUGUCAAUUCAGAAUUGUUUGAUUUUCAAGGGAGAGCGGUUAGUCAUUCCUUAUGGAGUGCGAUCACACAUAAAAGCAAGAAUUCAUGCAAGUCAUAUUGGCGUUCAGGGGUGUCUAAGAAGUGCAAGAGACAGUGUGUAUUGGCAGAAAGAACCACUGAUCAGUCACGCGAUUCCCGAACGACCAUGGGAAAAGGUUGGCAGUGACCUUUUUGAGUACGAAGGGGGUGACUUUUUAGUGACUAUUUUUCCAAUUUCUUUGAGUUGGAUCAACUAAGAAGCAAGACCAGCAACGAGAUCAUUGCGAAGCUGAAGUCACUUUUUGCAAGAUAUGGAGUUCCUGAUCAACUUAUCACAGAUAACGGACCACCAUAUAACUCAGAAGCCGUUCGUGAGUUUGCAAGGGAGUUUGAGUUCGAGCAUAUCACCAGUUCUCCUGGAUAUCCGAAGUCCAAUGGAAAGUCAGAGAAUGCAGUGCGCACGGCUAAACGGUUGGUGAAGAAAGCGAGGGAGAGUGGCAGAGAUCCAUAUUUGUCGUUGUUAGAUUGGCGUAACACUAGAUAUCAAGAUUGUGGGACAUGA